AUGGACGCCACACAACCUACGCAGCAGUCGACUCAGGCGACUCAGAAGUAUUUGAUAGAGAAGUUUUCACAGGAGCAGAUUGACGACGACAUAGUCUGUAGAGUCAUAUGCACUACUGGGCAGAUACCGAUACGUGAUCUGCGUGCGGAUAUGAAUGAAAUACUGAAAGAGGCGACACCCAUAAAGAAAACAUGGACAUUUGGCAGAAAUCCGAAUAGUGACUACCAUCUGGGCAACGUGUCUAGAUUGUCUAAUAAACACUUUGUCAUAUUUUUGGGAGAGGACGGCAAUCUUUUACUGAAGGAUACAUCAACAAACGGAACGUGGCUCAAUGGCCAACGAAUAUCGAAAGAGCGCAAUCAGCUUUUAUCGCAAGGUGACGAGAUAACAGUCGGGAUAGGUGUAUCGAUGGAUAUACUAACAGUGGUUCUUUUCAUAAAUGAGAGAUUCAAACAAAAACAAGAACAAAUGAGAGUGGAUAAUUUAAAGAAUGGAGUUAAGAACGGUAAAAACUCCACUUUCAAAUUACAUUCAGGGCUUAAUUCAGACUUGAGCGAUAACUUGACAGGAGUUUUCAAAGAUUUUUCUAUAAAAGACGAAGUUGUUGGGCAGGGAGCAUUUGCCACAGUCAAAAAGGCAGUGGAAAGGUCCACAGGAAAGACAUUUGCUGCCAAGAUAAUCAGUAAAAGAAAAGUGAUGGGAAAUUUAGAUGGUGUCAAGAGAGAAUUGGAGGUUCUCGGUAAGUUACAUCAUCCAAGGAUUGUCCAAUUGAAAGGAUUCUAUGAGGCGGAAGAAUUUUACUAUCUUCUAAUGGAGUUCGUUUCUGGUGGUGACUUGAUGGACUUUGUUGCAGCUCAUGGUUCAGUGGGAGAAGAUGCUGGCAGAGAAAUAACGAGGCAAAUACUGGAAGCAGUAAGAUAUAUACAUGAAAAAGGAAUCAGUCAUCGUGAUUUGAAACCGGAUAAUAUUUUAAUUGAACAGGACGAUCCGGUGUUGGUCAAGAUAACAGAUUUUGGUCUGGCGAAAGUACAAGGUAAUGGAACUUUCAUGAAAACCUUCUGUGGCACUUUGGCGUACGUUGCUCCUGAAGUUAUUGGAGGGAAGGCUUCCUCUGACGAAACGGGGGAAGUUCACGAGUAUUCUUCUUUGGUCGAUAUGUGGUCCAUAGGUUGUCUUGUAUAUGUCAUACUAACUGGCCAUCUGCCUUUUAGUGGAAGUACUCAGGAGCAACUAUACAAACAAAUUAGCCGAGGUUCGUACCACGAGGGUCCAUUGAAGGACUUUAGAAUUUCGGACGAAGCAAGAGGUUUCAUUGACUCUCUUCUUCAGGUGAAUCCAAACGACAGACCCACUGCAGACAAGGCAUUACAGCAUCCAUGGAUAAAGGUUGUAAAUACCCAAAACUCAGCAAGUGAAUCUUCACAGAUAUCGUUAUCCCAGUCGUUGUCACAACAAAAAGUACUAGAAAAUAUGGAUGACGCACAAUACGAGUUUAUCAAAGCACAAAGACGAGCAUUGUUGCUUCAACAACCAGAUCACAUAAGUAAACAUGAAAUCCAGGAGCCUCAGAUGAAGAAACAAUUACAAGCCCAUGAGUUCAAAGUUCCCAACCAUCCACCAGUGAGGUUCACACAACCAAACCAUUCAGUGCUUGACAAUGGGAACAGUAACGAGCACAUUGAGCUGAGAUAUCCCCGAGGGGCUACGAAAGGCACGAAUAAAAAAUGUGGUGGUAAAUUUCUAACAUUGAAUCCGCUACCAGAGAGCAAAAUUCAAGAGAGUAUAGUAAUCAAACAGGGUGUAAACCCAUUCUUCAUAGGAAGGUCGGAUGACUGCAAUUGCCGCAUUGAUGACAACAGAUUAUCUAGAGUACAUUGUUUCAUUCUUAAAAAGAGACAUGCCGUGGGAAACAGCAUAUACGAAUCCCCUGCACAGGGCCUGGACGACAUCUGGUAUUGCCAUUCAGGAACGAACAUCAGCUACUUGAAUAACGUCAAAAUGGGACCAGGCACGAAGACUCUGCUGCAAGAAGGGGACGAAAUCAAAAUCAUAUGGGAUCGUAACAAUGAUUUUGUCAUCGGUUUCAGUGUCGAGCUCAACGACACUACAGGUCUUUUCAACAAUGGAACAGGUGUUUCCAGUCAGGAAAGAUCGCUCGUUCCCCAGACCAUCGACGAAAAGAGUCUCGUCAAAAGGCUGAGUCAAAUGAUGGCCAUCAAACGUUCUAACCAAAUUUCUUUCCCCCCUUCAUCUCCAAACAAACAAGAAAACGGCAAGGUCGAAAACAACAUCACAGGUUCGGAGCCUGAAAAGCUACUCAAGAGGGUUCAUUCGGUUAGUCUUUCUCAGUCACAAAACGAUCCAAACAAAAAAGUAAAACGUGCAAAGCUUGAUCAGGCACCACGAGACCCACAAGAUUUACAGUUUUCAUAG